CGAAGAUGCUGUGGGUUUGGGGACAGCCGGGUCUAUUUCCUCAGAUAUCCCGCAGCUCUUCUGGGAUCCGAGCCCAGCUCAUAGCCUGGGGAGCGGAACUUUUUCCCUUGCAGAUAUGUAAAACUGCCACCCACGCCGGAACUGCCAGAGAGUUGCCGGCUGAAUUUGACAAAGCCGCUGAGGAGGUGAAGCGCCUCAAGACUCAGCCAACUGAUGAAGAGAUGCUGUUCAUCUACAGUCACUUCAAACAAGCUACUGUGGGCGAUGUAAAUACAGAUCGGCCGGGGCUCUUGGACCUCAAGGGCAAAGCCAAGUGGGACUCGUGGAACAAGCUGAAAGGGACUUCCAAGGAAAGUGCCAUGAAGACCUAUGUGGAAAAGGUAGACGAGCUAAAGAAGAAAUACGGAAUAUAAAUCACCAGAUUUGGUGGCCAGCCACACGUGUGACCUGUGAGGACAUAAUGCCUUGGUUUUUUCUAAUGUAGAUGAUAUGGCUGUGAUACAUUAGGGCCAGCGUUAACCUCUGCUCCUCCUCCCUCUGUAGUUUUUACCUACAAUCAAUUAAAAGUACAUUUGUUACUCUGUGCCUGGGUU